UGCAAGUAUGUUCCGCUGUCGGAGAAUGUCAUCGUGACUUUUCUUUCUUUUAUCCAAAAAAUGGCUCCGAAAAAGCCCACUGACAAGCCCGCGGCAAAGCCCGGAGAGGAGAAGAAGAAGAAGCCUGCACCUGCUACUGGUGGUGCCUCAACGUCAGGUACUGCCAAGGCGGCACCGGCUGAAAAGAAACCUGCCGCAUCGAAGCCCACUGCAUCGGCUGCUCAAAAGCCAGCUGCCGAGAAGAAGCCUGCUGGCGAAAAGAAGCCAGCUGAGAAGAAGGUAGCCCCAGCUCCGAAAAUUGCAACUGCCCCGAAAGCCGCUGCAGCCCCUAAAGCUGCUGCUGGAACAUCGAAGGCUGCUGCUGGCGGGGAGAAGAAGAAGGCUGCUGCUACCACAAGUGCAGCUGCCCCCAAGAAGGCUGGAGACAAGAAGGCUACGGCAACUGGAGCCAAGAAGACUCCUGCAGCUGGGGCUGAAAAGAAACCCGCUGCAACUGACAAGAAGGCCACGGCUAAGAAGACUCCUGCCAAGACUCCAGCUGCUGGGCCAGCAGCCAAGAAAGCUGCUCCGGCCAAAAAGGCACCCGCUGCCAAGGAUGCCAAGCCCAAGGACAAGAAGCCGGCUGGUGUGAAGAAGCCAGGUGCUGUCUCGAAGCCCGUGGCCAAGAAGCAGGCAGCAGCCAAGGCGAAGUUGGCUAAAGCCAAGGGAACCACCGGAGUGUCCAAGGUGCAGAAGGGAACGGCCAAGACAAAGGCUGCUGCUGUUGUAAGGGCCAAGAGAACGGCUACUAAGUUGAUCAAAGGACCUUUUGGUACGCGUACAAGGAAAGUGCGCACAUCUGUGCAUUUCCGCCGCCCUAAGACACUGAAAUUGCCCAGGACGCCCAAGUAUCCCAGGAAGUCAGCACCAAGGAGGAACAGAAUGGACGCUUACAAUGUGAUCAAGUAUCCGUUGACCACGGAAGCGGCUAUGAAGAAGAUUGAGGACAACAACACUCUGGUCUUCCUCACACAUCUGCGUUCCAAUAAGCACCAUGUCAGGGCGGCCGUACGGAAGUUGUAUGACAUCAAGGUGGCUAAAGUGAACCUCCUCAUUCAGCCCGAUGGCAAGAAGAAGGCGUACGUGCGAUUGGCAAGGGAUUACGACGCCCUAGACAUUGCCAACAAAAUCGGCAUCAUAUAAAUGUUUUGCUUUCGCUUCUGCAUUUUUUUGUAGAUUUGAGAGGAAACUGAAUAAAUAUUAAAUGAGAA